AUGGAUGUCUAUGUCAUCACGGAAAAUAAUUCUGUUGUUAUUUUAAGUAUGUCUUUAGUAAUAUUAAAUUAUAAGUUUAGCACUAGAAUGAAACUAACUAUUAAGGAAAAUAAUAAUCAAUGAAGACUAUAGUGUUAUUACUGCAAUAUACAAUGAAAUCAUACAGUUUUAGGUUCGCGUGUUGGAUCUCGAGUAUACAGUAUUUUAAGAAGAAAGUUUGUGUUUGAUGAACCAAUACCAGACCGUGACCCUUUCACCUUUUAUGAGCCAAGAGAUGCCGACUGGGUUGUCUUCAAUUCCAAUGCUCUUUUCAACAAAGCCACCUCGUAUGGUAAGUUAAAAAAAUUAAAUCUAUUUUUAAACUUAUCAUGUAAACUACUUUAUAUUUAAUUUUCGCUAUAAAACCGUAUUUUUGAAUUUUCAGUUUUUGGUCUAUAACAAGCGAAUUGACAGUUGGCAUGAAUUAAAAGAGCCUCGAAUUAACUUAUAAAACUGCUAGUAGUGGCUUUGUACGUUUGCAAACCUGCAAGGUCAUGGAAUCGUCCAUAAAUAACGUCACGCAACGUGUUCUUUUGAAUUUCGAAAAAAGCAAGUUUGUUAGAUUUGGUAUUAUGUUCACAAGAUAUACGUUUACGAUGCCUCCGAAUAGAUAACUAAAAAAUAGGUAACUUCGGAAAAUAAGCACCAAGCAAAGCUCUCCACUUCUCUCCAAAACACCCCUUAUUAAAAAUAUAUUUAUAAUAUAUAAUCCUAACCCAAACCCUCCUUCUAUCCCUACUCAUACCCCUAUUCUUACCUCUACCCUUAGCAUACUAUAUCCUGCUAUAACAUACCCCACUAUAAUAUACCUAACGAACAGAAAAUAGUAAGUUAUGCUUGGGUAGGUUAUGGUAGGACAUAGUAUGAUAAGAGUAUCUUAUGCUAAGGGUAGAGAUAGGGGUAGGGGUUUGGUUACCUAUUUUCCCAGGUUACCUUUUCACCGGCAAUGCUUGAAUACAAUUGAAACCUUGGUACAACCGCCCAAAGAUUUUUAAAAUCGUCAACAUUUAUACACAUGUUUUAGAUGGUGUUCGAGCGAAAGCUUUCAACAACAAGGUUGAAGAUAAAAAGAGUAUUAUUAACAAACACCAUAUCUCGAUGUUGGGUUCUGUCUCUCUUUGGCCAAAACAACAGUUUUACUACUGGGUCUCUCGACUACACAUUGCCAAAAAAAAGGUCCUUACAAUCAACGCCGUAACUGGAUCUCAAAAAUAUUGGAAAAUUUAUCCACCGACAAAAAGGACUAUUGAUAAAAACCGCUUUCCGUUUGGUCAAUAAAUACGUGUCAAUGUUACUUCUCUUUUGCUAACUCUGAAAACGUCGUUUUACCUUAUCUUGACUCUACCCUACCUUUAUUCUACCUUUACCAUACUCUUACCCUGUAUGUGUUAAGGUAGAGCAGAAGGCCAAGCGCCCAAUGAAGGGCGGAACACGAAGAAGGUAAAGAAGUUCGGGAGAAACUAA